CUUCACAGGGAUGUUACCAGCAACCCGUGUUCCUGACAAGAGACAUUGACAAUCUAAUCGGGAUACAACAUGAAACAGCACAGGCCUACAACACUCUAGACAGGCCUAGAGUGAGUCAGGUCAAAGUUCCAUCGAGGCUGAGUCUAAGAGCUGGAAGUGUACGAAUGGGAAAAGGGCAUUAGCCAAACUGAGAAGACCUGAAGAGAGGACUUGGUGGAGGGCGGUCUGCCUCACGAAGCUGUGAGGCCUUACUGAGAGUUGUUUCAACAGUUCUAGAGGUCUUUUAGGGUGAACAAGCAUGAAUCCCAUAUGGAAAGUGUACAAGAGCAAAGUGCUGAAGACCCUGAACCCGGACCAAGAGGAGUACACCGAGGAAGAGGUCAAUAAUGCAGAGAUUGACAUGAGCCCUGUCCAGGAGGAUGAGGGGCCCAAUGCAGUGUCUCAGCUGGCCAAGAGAGUGCAGGGUGCUGGGGCUAAAGGCUGGAACAGGAUGUCAGCUCUCUUCAACAAAGAGGAUGAGCACCAGCUAUUGGAGGAGACUGAGAGCCCGCCUGUCCCAGACCAUCCACUAGCAGUGACGCCUGAGGAGCCGCAGAGACCGGCCAGACCCUCAGGAUUCUGGGGUAGCUUCGCCACCAACUGGAAACAAAUGGCCGCCUCAAAACAGGCUGAAGCCGCAGCAAACGAGACGGGCACGAUGGAGGAGGGUCAGGAGGCUGCAGGAGAGGGAGGUGGUGAGGGAGGAGGGGGGGAGAGUUACCACGGGGAGAACACGGAGGGAGAGCAGAGUCAAGAUGGAGGAGGAGGGAGCAACACCAGCUUCUCCAGAUACGCCAUGCUUGGAGGAGGGAGCGAGAACACGCCCUUCAAGUGGAACUUUGUCACAGGCAAGCUGGCUGAGUUGAAGACCAAGAGCAUGUCUGGCCAGGAAGACUAACAAGCCAGCUGUAAGGGGGUGGGAUGGGGUCUGGGGCAGGGGUUGAGUGGGGUCAGGGGAUGAGCCUAGCCUGGUCCCAGAUCGGUUAAUGCUGUCUUGUAAACAUUGCAUGACAGUGACCGUGGGAGUUGGCAAAGCAGCGUGAACAGAUCUGGGACCAGGCUACUCGUAACCAGUUAUCAUCUUCAUUCUACUUGCUCAGGUGUAGAUUGUACCCACCACACCAACACCAGUAGCAAUUGACUUUUCAGAUCUAAGGGAGUGUAUAGGGAAUAGGGACUAGGGGUCGAUUUGGAAUUGAGCACUCACCUCCCUUUCCAUACCUUCUCCAUAGUGUUGAACUGUACAGCAUUUGAACAAGCGCUGGCACCCAUACAGUAAAUGGCAUUUAGUUCAUGUCAUAAGACUCAUACCUGAAAAUGACACCAACAAACAGGCUGGAUUAGAUCAAUUAACCAACAAAACCAGAUUAAGAGAUUACCGAUUACACACAGAGAUUAUGGCACCAAUUUGGAAAGGGAUUUCAUAGCUGAUGCAAAUUUGCUUUCACUGUAAAAAACCAUUUGACAAUGUACAUAGGAAAUAUCUCAUGUUUUCUUGUGAAGUUAAUUAAGAUGGUGGAAAUAGGAUGUGCAACAUUGGAAUGAUUGGGAUUACAUGGCCCUUUCAGGACAUAACAUUUGGCUAACUGUUUUGGCUGACUGGUAUGUGGAGGUCAUAGUUUGAGUGUCUUGGGAUGAAGGUCAUGAGAGUGGUAACGUGUUCUAUUGCCCCCUACAAAACACAGUUGAAGUGUGACCCUCCCGCAGUCCCUCUGUGACACUUGUCUGUAAGACAGUAACGUGUCCAUAUUGUUAUUUUCUGUCUGUCUAUUUUCAAUACGCUUUUCAAAAGUUUUGUUCUGAUGUGUUGCUACCUCUUGUGCUCUAAUAAACACGGAGAAUAAUU